AUGUCUUCAUUCAUCACGAUGAAAAUAAAGAAUAAAAAAAACAAAAUGAUGUACAUUUUCUUCUCUCUUUUGUUUUUCAAUGCAGCUGCCAUUCAGGUGCAAAUCACUCCAACACAAGGGGAAAUCAGCGUGGGAGACUCUAAAUUUUUCCUCUGUGAAGUCGUAGGGAAUGCAAAAGAGAUAGAAUGGUACGCCCCCAGCGGUGAGAGGAUCUUGUCCUCAGGACAAGACCUUUCUGUAAGCUACACCGAUGAAUCCAUUGCAACUCUCACCAUAUACCACGCCAGCGUGGACAGCGCUGGCAUCUACAAGUGUGUCGCGAAAAAUGGGGAUAAGGAGGCUCAGGCCACCGUCCAAGUGAAAAUAUUCCAAAAGAUCACCUUCCAGAGUGCUCCCAAUCCACAGGAGUUUAACGAGGGUGAAGAUGCGGACAUAGUGUGCGAUGUUGUCAGCUCACCACCACCCACCGUUAUUUGGAAGCACAAGGGCUCCGUGAUCGAAGCUGCCAAAGAUGUACGAUAUAAGAUCAUGAGUAACGGCCACCUGCAGAUCCGGGGCAUCAAGAAGAUAGAUGAGGGCAUGUACACUUGUGAAGCUCGUGUCAUGGCCAGGGGAGAAAUUGAUUUCAGGAUGAUGAAGGUCAUUGUUAACGUACUUCCCACCAUCCGGGCCAGACAGCCUGAGGUCAACGCUACAGCAGACAUCGGUUCUUCUGCCUUAUUGGCAUGCGAUGCAGAUGGCUUCCCUGAACCCACUGUUACCUGGAAACACAACAGCCUCGUCCUUGAGACGGGUGAUAAGUACAGUCUGAACGAGGAUGGUUCUGAAUUGGUAAUAAAGGAUAUCAAGAAGGUGGAUGAAGGAGAUUACACUUGCAUUGCCAAGAACAAAGCGGGGGAGAAAAGUGAGGAAGUCAGCCUGAACGUGUUUGUGCAACCAAAGAUUACCUUCUUUAACAACCAGACUGCAUCAGAGUUUGACGAGCAAGUCACCAUGGUCUGUGAGGCCAUGGGUGACCCCACGCCCACCAUCUCCUGGAGCUUUGGCAACAGAGUCUUCAGUGAAGGAGAGCAGGCUUCUUGGACGCGACCAGACAAAUAUGAGAGCCUUGAUAGGAAUGUGGUGGUACGCAGUCAUGCACGGGUGUCCUCCCUCAUCCUGAAGAAUGUCCAGUACAUUUAUGCUGGCCAGUAUCUCUGCACUGCCCGGAACUCCAUUGGUCAGGACAGCCAGCACAUUUAUUUGGAAGUCCGCUAUUCUCCAAAGAUCCAGGGUAGAGUGACGACAUACACGUGGGAGGGAAACCCAGCCAACAUCAGCUGCGAGUUGGAUGCUCACCCCAGGGCCUCAGUGGUUUGGUUCAGAGAUGGCUUCCAGCUGCCGAGUCCCAACGCUACCAACAUAAAGAUCUACAACACAACUACCACCAGCUACCUGGAGAUCACACCUGAAUCUCAAAAUGACUUUGGAAGCUACAACUGCACAGCAAGUAAUGAAAUGGGCUCGGAAUCUAAGGAGUUCCUUCUCAUCCAAGCAGAGGUUCCAUCAGCACCAGAAAUCCAAAAUGUGGAACCUUUCUCCAGCACAGCUGAGAUAGAAUUUGAGGAGCCUGAUUCCAUGGGGGGAGUGCCCAUCAUCAAAUACAGAGUGGAAUGGCGCUUGCCUGGGAAGGAAUGGACCGGUACUGAGUAUGAUGCUGAUGAAGGCACGACGAAGAUCACCAUUGUUGGCCUGAAACCAGAGACUGCUUAUGAAGUCAGGCUGUCUGCCAUCAACGGCAAAGGCAAAGGCGAGAGCAGCCUCCCCAGCACUUUCAAGACGGAGCCAGUCCGGGAACCCAGUGCCCCAAAACUAGAAGUCAAGUUCCUUAAUGCGGGGAAUUCUCUUAAGGUCAACUGGAUCAAGCAGGAUGAUGGAGGUUCUCCCAUCAAACAUUACUUGCUCAGAUACAAGGCUAAGCAUGUAUCUGACUGGAAACCAGAGAUUCGCCUCCCCUACAGCAGUGAAUACGCGCUGCUAAAUGGCCUGGACUGGAACACGGAGUACGAGGUCCUGGUGGUGGCAGAAAAUCAGCAGGGCAAAUCCGAGCCUGGCAUUCUCUCCUUCAGAACAGCCGUGGAGCCCACUACCGUCCCAGGUACUAUUCCCAUCCACUCACCCUGA